AUGGAGUUCGGCCACCACCACCUCCACACCCACGAUCAAGAAGAAACCGGUACCCAAGCGAAAGCAGAGGAAUCACUCUCCUCAGAUGAAGAAUUGGAGGGCUUCAGAUCCGAGAAUCGGCGAUUGAAGAGUUUGCUGCUCUAUGCUCGUCUGGCUGCCACUGUGGAUUCUGAAAAAUUCUUGAGUCAGCUUAAAUCUCUUCAAGAGGCAACCAAAAAUGGAGCUACUCCUGGAUUCCCAUUCAACGAGGCUACAUGUGAUGACUUGCACAAUGUGCAAGUUCUGAUUAAGAUUGACCAAGAAGAGCCUAGUAGGUGGGUAUGGGUCACAGAAGAAAUGAUUCAUGGAAACACUGAAGAACAUAGUGGAAUUGAUAAUGAGUGUUACGUGGUCAUUAACGAGAACCAGGUAGUUGAUGCAGUUGCUACCUUUAUGGCUAAGUGCAUCACUGCAAACCCAAAAUCACAGGUAUCUACCAAGCUAUGA